AUAUCAGGCCAUACUAUCAGCAGCUCACCUAAGCUCUUACCACUCAUUCUUGACUCCUUGUCUCAACUUUAAUUUAUGUGGAUAUGUAUAAAUAGGUGCAUAUGUAAAGUUAUUUUCUAUUCAAAUCUCAAACAAAACUUUCAUUGUCCAAGCUCACUCCCACAGAUAUCAUGGAAGCAAAUUUGCAGCUUUUAUUAUAUGCAAUUCUCCCCCUUGUUUUCAUUAUUCUAGGAAUAAGAUCUCAAUUCAAGUCCAAAACACGUCGUCUACCACCGAGCCCAAAGCCAAAAUUUCCAUUAUUAGGCCACCUCUACCUCCUCAAAGGCAAACCCUUACUACAUAGAACCUUCGAUGGCCUCUCUAAAAAGCUGGGUCCGAUUUUUUCUCUCCAUUUUGGAUCACGCCUUGUAGUUGUUGUGUCAUCUUCUUCUGCUGCGGAAGAAUGUUUUACUAAAAAUGACAUAAUUCUAGCAAACCGCCCUCGGCUAAUAAUGGGAAAGCACAUAGGCUACAACCACACAACUAUGGUCCAGUCCUCUUAUGGUGACCACUGGAGAAAUCUCCGGAAGCUUGCUACACUAGAAAUAUUUUCAACCACUCGACUCAAUACGUUUCUGCCUAUUCGUCGUGAUGAAGUCAACCAACUUCUACGAAGAUUGUCAAAAAACUCACAAAAUGAGUUUGCAAGAGUGGAGAUAAAAGCUAACUUGACGGAGUUGUCAUUCAAUAUCAUAACGAGAAUGAUUGGAGGAGAAAAGUACUUUGGCGAGGAUGUGGAUAAUCAAGCAGAAACAAGGUAUGCAAGGGAAAUCAUAUUGAAGGUGCUUUCGCAAGGAGGGGCCUCACAUGCUGCAGACUUUGUGCCACUAUUAAGGUGGAUUGACUAUGGUGGGUACGAGAAAGGUGUAGACGCUCUGAGUAAGAAAAGGGACAAGAUUCUAGAAGAUAUCAUCGAUAAGAACCGUCGUGAUCAAAGUAGGAAUUCCAUGGUAGACCAUUUGCUGUCACUGCAGAAAUCCGAACCUGAUUACUACUCUGAUUCCAUCAUCAAGGGCCUAAUGACAGUUAUGAUACUUGCUGGAACUGACACAUCAGCAGUGACAAUUGAAUGGGCCAUGUCGCUUUUGCUCAAUAAUCCUGACGUGUUAAGAAAAGCUAGAGACGAAAUAGACACUGUUCUUGGACAUGACCGUUUGGUGGAGGAAUCAGAUUUAUCUAAAUUGCCUUAUCUACAAAACAUUAUUUCUGAGACUUUCCGAUUAUUUCCUGCAGCACCAUUGUUAGUGCCACAUAAGUCAUCAGCUGAUUGUGUCAUCGAGGGGUAUGAUGUGCCACGAGGCACAAUCGUAUUGGUUAAUGCAUGGUCCAUUCAUAGGGAUGAAAAGGUGUGGGAUGAUCCAUUAAGUUUUAAGCCAGAGAGGUUUGGAAGUGGAGUAUCUGAGGCAUACAAGUUGAUGCCAUUCGGUAUGGGCAGAAGGUCUUGCCCUGGAGCUGGACUGGCUCAUCGUGUAGUAGGCUUGACUUUAGCUUCGUUAAUUCAAUGUUUUGAGUGGGAGAGAAUUAGCGAGAAGGAGAUUGACUUGGCCGAAGGAAGAGGACUUACCAUGCCUAAACUUGAGCCACUUCAAGGCAUGUGCAGAAGCCGCGAUAUUUUAAACAAAGUUCAGCUUUAAAGCUACAAAGAACCUGGACUACUUGAGAAUGGCAGAGUUGCCAGCUGUUCCAUCAGGGAUUAUAACUUUGCUGCAAUCUAGUUCACUCCCAGCUCUUUCAGAUGAAUUUUAUUUAAAAAUAUCAUUCAAGUAUGCGUUGGAAACCAGUAGACUUUUAUAUUGUCUGCAUUUGACAUUCUCAGAUGUGUAGCACAAGAAGCUGUUAAACAUUUUAGAAAAGUUUAAAAGUAAUGCAUAGGCAUCUUAUGACUCA